AUGAGUGGGUCAUCCAGCCAGGCGCCAACUAACGUUCGUUCAGGCCGUGCUCUGUUCCGCUUAUGCCUUGUGCGUGACGACAUACGGCUCGUCGCUAUCAAUCAUACAGCACUUUCUCUCGAACAUCUUUUCAAUGCCAUUCGCCACGACUCGACCCAUGGGCCGUGCAUUGCCGCUCGUGAUCUUCCAUUAGAGUACCAUGGGAGAGUGAUCCACCUUUUUAGCCAACGAGACCCGCACAAGCUUGACUGGAAACUCGCCGGCGCCGAAUACAUCUUCGAGUCGACCGGCAAAAUGACCCGGGAAGCUCAAGCAAGGGUACACAUCGAUCACGGCGGCGCCAAAAAAGUCGUCAUCUCCGCACCAUCCUCGGACUGUCCCAAUGUUGUGUUUGGGGUGAAUCACAGGACAUAUCAAACCGAUCAAGACGUCCUUUCCAACGCCAGCUGCACCACCAAUUGCCUUGCCCCCAUUGCCCUAGUUUUGCAUCGCUCAUUUGGCAUUGAGACUGGUAUGAUGACCACGGUUCACGCCAGUACCUCGAGUCAGAAGGUACUGGAUGGUUUCAGCACGAAGGACGUACGACAGGGAAGAUCCGCUAUGGGCAAUAUUAUCCCAGCAAGCACUGGGGCAGCCAAGGCCGUAGUCAAAGUUCUGCCUGAGCUCGCAGGACGGUUUCACGGCAUUUCGAUUCGCGUUCCGGUUACCAAUGUGUCCUUGGUGGACCUCACUGUCACGCUUGAAACACCAGUAGCGUCAAAGGACGACCUCAUUUCUGUCUUUCGGCACGCCGCGACUCCACGGCUCGCUGGGAUCGUUGCUGUGAGCGAUGAGAAGCUUGUGUCAAGCGACUAUCUGUCCUCUACGGAGAGUGCCACGAUCGAUGUGGAUGCAAGCGUCGCACUGGAUGGUCGGACGGUCAAAAUCGUGGCAUGGUAUGACAACGAAGUCGGAUUUUCAAGUCGGAGUGAGUGA